AUGGCGCAACCUCAGAGACCGAACCUGACGGAAACUGCUGUACAAGUCGAUCGCCGGGACCCCAGAGAAUAUGCGGGUAAUCAGCAGGCGUCUCCCCUGUUUGACAUGUGCCAUCACCCGGAAAGGCACCCGAACAUACUGUUCUUCGACAAAGAGAUAGUUAUUGUAGAUGACGCCAACGCGAAGUCACCCAACCAUGUUAUUCUCAUGCCUCGGGACACAUCGAUCCAACAAAUCGCCGACCUGACCAGAAAGCACCUCCCUUUGCUGUAUCGUUUUCGCGACCAGUGUAGGAAGGAGAUCGACCGGAUGAUGCGACUGGAUCCGCAGAGAAUCCCGAUGUUCAUGGUCGGGUUCCAUGUGAUACCCAGCCUGUUCCCGCUCCACUGCCAUGUCUUGGACUGGUCGCUCAGCACCGGCAAGAUGUUCGCCCCGCGGCACUGGAAAGUGGUCUUCUCCGAGAUGUUCAUUUCUCUGGACCAGGUUGUUGGAGAGGUGGAAAGGACCGGACGCAUGACGGUGGACGCCGAGGCAUACAAGCGCGCGUGGCUCACGCAGCCGAUCCGCUGCCCCGUCUGUCCGGGUCCUCAGCGCCAAUGGGAGGCCGAUUCCGACGAGUUGGCUAUGCACUGGCGCGGCCACAUCCGGCAGUGGAAGCAGAACCCCAAAGCUCUCCCGCGCGGCGUUACGCCGGAGAAGCAAUGGGUGCCGACGUUUCCGGUAGUCUUGACUACGAAGAGGCGUGGGGGAUUUAUCGGUCUUGCUAACGAACUGGAUCAUCUGAAGAAGGACUUCCCUAAUCUGGAGAUACAUUCAUACUACACCGAUGAAUGGUCCAAGAUCCCCAAGUACGUGCUCGACAGGACGACCAUCUACCUCUCGACGACCGAGCUGCCGCCGGACGGGGUUUGUCUUCCUCGGCUCGAAUGGGUGCAUCUCGCUUCCUCGGGACUCGACUUGCUCACAAACAGCCCAUACAACCACCGCCCCAACCUCCAAGUCACGUCGAGCACGGGCUCCGGGUCUGGUGCCAUAGCGGAGUGGGUGUUGAUGAGCACGAUGCUCCUGGGCCGGAAUAUGCUCACGGCGCUGCGAAAUCAAAGUAAACACCAGUGGGCACCGCAGGCGCUGAUGGGCUACCGGCCCCUCAGUGAACUGUCCGUGGGCAUAAUUGGCUUCGGGUCCAUCGGCCAGCAGGUCGCCGAGCGCUUCCUGGCUCUGGGCAGCAAAGUCAGCGCCAUGAAUCCGAAGGGGCUUCCGCCAUCUCUGGCCACGCCAGGUUCCAAGCUGAGCCAGGUCACGAUCGUGAAGGCGGACGGCAAGGAUGAUGGCUUGCGCGCAUUUCUCCGGAAGCAAGACGUCGUGGUCCUCGCGGCCCCGCUUCUUCCGGAGACGGUCGGUCUGCUCCGCGGACCGGAGCUGGCGUCUAUGCCCAAGGGCGCCAUGCUGAUCAACUGCGCGCGAGGCCCGCUCGUGGACGAAAAUGCCCUUGCCGAGUCUCUUCGCCAGGGACACCUGGGCGGUGCCGCCGUGGACGUGGUUGACGAAGAACCCCUUGGAGCCAAAUCUCCCCUCUGGGACCUGCCGAAUUUGAUCAUCACGCCGCACAUCUCGGCCAUGCACGACAAGUACAAUCACAACAUGCUCAAGAUCUUCGAGGAGAACUUGCGAGCUCACAUUCUGGACAAGCCGAAGCGGAACCUGGCUCGACUCCCCGUUCCGUCCAUGUCUCCUCUUCCUCCUCCGCCGCCGCCGCCGAGGACAGCCCCGAAGCCUGCACAAUCAAACCCACGCACGUUGUCCAAUGCCGUGCAUGUGGCUCAGGAGAGCGGCGGCGGCAGCAAUGCCAGGACCGCCGCUGGCAGUGGUGGCGGCAAUACUACUACUACUAGUACUAGUACCAAUACCAACCCCGGCAGCAACGCCAACGACAGGAGUAGUACCGUCGCUAGCAGUUCCAAGACUAAUAAUAGCAGCACCGGCGGCGUCACUCUUAGGACAAGCAGCAGCACUAGCAUCAAGGCUGGUAGCGGGAGUGGUACUGCUAAGUAA